UUGUAUUUUACUUCCACGAUUCCAUACUAAAGCCCCAAUUAACCUCAAUGCACUCAUGGCUGCAAUUAACCUCCCAUCCAUGGCAGCCCCAAUCUCUCUUCCCCAUCCAAAACCACCACCCAACUCAACCCGUUCUCUCUCUCUCUACACACCUCAGUUUUCUCUCUCUACCCACCUCCAACUUCACCCAUCUAAACCCACCAAACACUACACUAACUUACUUCAUCUAGCAGUCCAAAACAGCGACACUCAACUUGCAAAGGCCAUUCACGCUUCAAUUCUCAAGCUCCAAUCUCCUUCAUCAUACCUUUUCAACACCCUUAUUCUCACUUAUCUCAAAUUGGGUCUCACAAGUCAUGCACACAAGGUGUUUGAUUGUGUUACAACCCCAGAUAUAGUCACAUAUACAACAAUGGUUUCAUGGUUUGCUAAGAAUAAUCGAGAAACUGAAGCUGUUAAGUUGUUUAAUCAAAUGAGGAGGUUGGGUAUUGAGGUUAAUGAGUAUAGUUUUGUGGGUAUUUUGACUGCUUGUGGGAGGGUUUUGGAUCUUGAAUUGGGUUGUCAGGUUCAUUGUUUGGCUGUCAAGUUAGGGUGUGUCGAUGAUACUUAUGUUUCCAAUGCUUUGAUGGGGUUUUAUUGUAAAUGUGGGUGUUUGGGUUAUGCGCUUAAGGUGUUCGAUGAAAUGUCUGAGAGAGAUGUUUCGUCUUGGAACACAGUGGUAUCGGGUUUGGUUAAGGAGUACGAAUAUGAACAAGGUUUGGGAUUGUUUCGUGAGUUGUUGCAAGGCGAUGGGAUUGAAGUUGACCGGUUUACGCUUUCGACUGUUUUGACUGCUUGCACGGAACAUGGUGCGGUUAUGGAAGGGCGUGAAGUUCACGCUCGUGCGGUUAAGUUCGGUUUAGAGAAGAACUUGAGCGUUGGUAAUGCGCUAAUCGGAUUUUACAGCAAGUGGGGGAGACUAAAGGAUGUGGUGUAUUUAUUUGAUACUAUGCCUGUUAAAGACGUAAUAACGUGGACGCAAAUGAUAUCCGUUUGUAUGGAAUCUGGGCUUGUUGAAAUGGCAGAGAAGGUGUUUGAUAAAAUGCCUGAGAGAAACUGUGUGUCCUAUAAUGCUCUCUUACAAGGGUUUUUCCAAAACGGUGUGCCGUCUAGAGCGUUGUAUAUGUUUUGCAGAAUGGUUAGCAAAGGUGUAGAGUUGGAUGAUUUCUCAUUGACUAUUGUUAUCAACGCGUGUGGGUUGUAUGUAGAUAAAGACACCAGCAAACAGAUACACGGAUUUGUUUUAAAGUGCGGGGUUGGGUCAAACGACCGUAUUGAAUCUGCAUUGCUUGAUAUGUGUUCCAAGUGUGGUAGGAUGACCGAUGCAGAAGAAAUAUUCCGCUGCAAUUCAUUAACCCGAAAGAGUUCAAGUAUAUGGACAUCAAUGAUUUGCGGGUACGCUAGAAACGGGCUUCCAGACAAAGCACUUUCUCUAUUCUUCGAAGGUCAAGCCGAACAACAUAUGGUCAUCGACGAAAUCGUAUCAACUACAAUCCUCGGUAUCUGCGCGACACUAGGGUUCGACAGAAUCGGUGAACAAAUUCAUUCUAGUGCGUUUAAAUUAGAUUUACUCCAUGAUAUACGUGUAGGAAACGCGUUAAUCGGAAUGUACAGCAAGUGUGGCAACAUGACGGCUGCUAUUAACGUUUUCGAUAACAUGAAACGACACGAUAUUGUUUCGUGGAACAGUUUGAUAGGCGGUUAUAUUUUUCACAAGCAAGGGGAUAACGCGUUGGAUCUAUGGGAAGACAUGAAAAAGAAAAACGUAAAUCCGGAUUUCAUAACCACCCUCUUGAUAAUCUCGGCGUAUACACACACCUCGUUAAACAAGGUCGAUGAGUGUUAUACGUUUUUUCACUCAAUGAAGACCGCGUACAACAUUGAGCCCGAUUCAAAUCAUUACGCUUCAUUGGUUAGUGUUUUCGGCAAAUGGGGUUUACUCGAAGAGGCUGAGGACCUUAUCAAGAAAAUGCCGUAUGAUCCGGACCCUUCUGUAUGGAGAGCUUUACUUGAUAAUUGUAGGGUUCAUAUGAAUACGGUUAUCGGCAAAAGGGCUGCGAAAGAAAUUCUUGCUAAGAAGCCAAACGACGCGUCUACAUACAUACUUGUAUCUAACUUAUAUUCUGCAUCUGGGAGAUGGCAUUGUUCCGAAACGAUCCGUGAAGAAAUGAGAGAAAAGGGUUUUCAAAAACGACCCGGAAAAAGUUGGAUUAUUCAUGAGAACAAGGUUCAUUCGUUUUAUGCGCGAGACAAAUCGCACGCCUGUUUUAAAGACAUUUACAGUGGGCUAGAUAUAUUGGUUUUGGAAUGUUUAAAGAUUGGUUAUGUACCGGAUACGAGUUUUGUGCUUCAUGAAGUGGAGGAACAUCAAAAAAGGGAUUUUUUAUACUACCACAGUGCGAAAUUAGCUGUUACUUAUGGUCUUUUAAUGAGUAAAGGUGGAAUGCCGGUUCGUGUUAUGAAGAAUAUUCUGCUCUGUGGGGAUUGUCAUAGUUUUUUCAAGUAUGUUUCUGUUGUUACCAAGAGGGAGAUUCAUGUUAGGGAUGCUUCGGGAUUUCAUUGUUUUGUCAAUGGUGAGUGUACAUGUAAAGGGAAGUGAUUACCUUAUGAACAUAUAUGUGUUUUGUGGUUAGUUAGUAGUUACUCUUCAGAUAGGAGUAUAUGUCUCUAGUUGACUAGAAGCGGGUGUUUCAAUCCGUUUUCCACGAACGGGCCAAUUUAACUACUAAUCAAUAGUGAAUUGUUUGGAAUAA